GAAAGGCGGAUUAUUCAAACGUCCGCCAUAUUUGUGUUUUGAUGAAAAUAUUUCCAAAGAGUGGUGUUUUCUGUCCAAAGACGGAAGAAUUCCACCAAAGAAGUAGUUUAGGGCUGAACUGUAUAUUCCAGUCAACGUGCUGGACAAGAUGGGUCGGAGAAGAAGGGGUGGAAAACUGCAAAAUGCCUCGAAAGAUGACGAAUCCUCGUCAUCAUCUGGGGAGGAUAUGGAACGCAAAGCUAUGAAUAUUAUAGAGAAACUCUCUAAGAAAUAUCUUAAGUCUAGCUUGAACGAGAGCAAGAAGAAUGAAGAAGGCAAGGUUGUUGAGGCAGCCUAUGAUGGAGAUUCUGAACAUAGUAGUAGCCCAGCUACCACUGUGACAUCAUCAGAUGUUAACCUACUCAGCCCAGUCUAUGACUUUGAUGCAUCAGACAAUGAUGAAAUGUCUCUGAAAUUAGAGCUCUCCCCAUGUAAACCACCAUCAAAGAAAACCAAGUUCAACAAACAUGACAAACUCUCUCCAAACAUGUGUUCAGAGUCGGAUAGACCGAUGAAAAAAUCUACUCGGAAAAUCUCUCCAAAAUCUGACAGUGAGAAUGAAGGUGUGAAAAAACGUAUGAAAAAAUCAAAAGUUGUAGGUGUGAAACCCAAGCUCAGUAAAACUCAAAAGAUGUUACAAAGUAUAACCACAAACACUUCUCAAGAGGAGAAAACCAUGAAGCCCAAUAAGAAAACCCAGAACAAGGGGAAAGUGAAGGCAAGUAAGCCCGUGGCAGCUCCAAAACAUGUACCAGAAAUAUGUGCUCCUCCAAAGAGGAAGCUCAAUGAGGAUUUAAACACUAAGCCCACAAAUGAACAUCAAAGUAUGGAAAUCAGUGUUCAAAGCUCAGCUAGUGACAGUGGAUUAUUUCUCUCACCACCCCCUAGAAAACUCUCAAAACUCACAGCGACACCAGGUUUGAAAGGAGAGAAACUACAAUUGGGUACUCUUCAGACCUCAACACCUAGUGUAGCUCCUAGGAAAACUUCAGAUGAUUCUUGCUUUGGAUUUGAUAGCAUCGAGACCCCUAUUGCAAUGCCAUCCCCUGUCAGGAAUUACUCAACUCCACUCUCUGAUUAUGGCUCUAUGGGGUCUUCAAAGGGGUCUCAAUUAAUGUCAUCUGUAGGAGCUUCCCCAAAUCUUAAGUCCCGUCCACAGUCCUCUCAGGGUUCAAUCGAUCCAGCUGGUUACAGUGAGUCAUUGGAGAAUUGUGGACUAACAGGAAAAGAAUUGAUUAAAUCUCCAGUGCAUCAAGCUAAGCGACUCAGUAAGAAGAAGGUGAAAGAAGCUCGAGAGAAACGUGAAGUUUGGGAAGACAAGAUGGCUGCCGAAUUUGAGGACAUUGAAAACUUUACACUAAGUAUCGAGGGAAUUUGAGGUGCUAAUUGCUGGAACUCUUCAAUCUUUUGUACUGUUACCAUGGAGUUUUAGGUUUUAGUAUGAGUGGUUUGAUAACGUAUAACAAAGUGACAAUUUGAGUUUUUUGUUUAUAUCAAAUACUCAACUGCAGAAUUGUAAAGAGGAUCGAGGACUAAAUAAGUAAUAAUUACAAAUUUGACGAAGGCCAUUGGACUUUAAUUCUUUGUCUGACAUCACGCCAUUGGGGAAAACUCAGAAGAAAUCCAUCAUUUAAAUCGAUGCAGAAAAUCCAGAGGUCUCAUUUUUCUUUUAAAUCAUAAUUGAUUUGUUUUGAAGAUCAUGAAAACAAGAAAUCAGUUUCAACAACAUCUGCAUUUAAUUUUAUUUUUAGUUGUUUUUAUCAAGAAAGAUUGGCUUUGCUCUCAUGAUGUCCUAUGGCUAUUACCCUGAGUUUGACAUACUAGUAUUACUUUACUGUAUCUGCUAGCCACACUCUGACUAUUAAUGAUGAAGAUGAUUUUACAGUUUUGAUGUUGUUAUUAUCUUUAUGAUCUCAUAUGUACAGGGUGAGCCCAAAAAGUAACCCAAACAAAUGUAUGUUAAUAACUUAGUCAUUCAGCAUGGGUUUAAAAUCAUAUUUUGCAUAGAUGAAUCUUGUUCAAUGUUUUUUCCUACUACUAAAUCAUAGGUAGAUCUCCAAUGGUCACGAUUUUAUUACCAUUUACAAAACAUGCUCCGAAUGCAGAAAUGUGCCACAAUCACGUGAAAUAAAUUCAACCAAAUUUUUAUCUGUGGGGCUAAUGUCCACACUAACAACCCGUGAAACAUUGAAACGAGAUAAGAAUGAAGAUGAGAGCCAUAACGCAAGAUGUCUGUGCUGGUGUGGUGAACAACUACAUCCAAUACGUUAACGUUAGCUUCCAGACAUGAUGCUAGUAUUUUAUAGUAUAUUUUUUUUAAAUGGCCAUGAAAUCGUGACCAUUGGAAAUAGACCAAAUAAAC